UACAGGGCCGUUUUGAGAGCUCUAGGACAGGGGAACAUGGUCGGAGAGGUAGCAAAGAUUUUUCAGGUGGCCGAUCUGGACGGAGAUGGGUUUAUUGACUUCAAAGACUUCCUGGAAGUGCACAAAAAGAGUGGAGGGAUUAAGACAUUGGACAUACAGACCGCCUUCCGAACAUUUGAUCUGAAUGGCGAUGGAAAGAUAAGCGCUGAGGAGGUUAUGGAAGUCUUGAGGAGGCUUGGUGAGAGAUGUAGUUUAGAGGAUUGCCGGAAAAUGGUGAAGGCGGUGGACACCGAGGGAGAUGGUUUGGUUAACAUGGAUGAAUUCAUGACAAUGAUGACUCGUUCCAUGAGGCUUGGCUAGUUGAAAGCCAACUUUUAUGUGGUUUGCUUUGUCAGACACACUUUAACCAUAUGGGAAUCAUGGCUAUGUAAUGAAGUAACUAAUCUGUCUUUAAUGCAAUUUUAAUGAGUCUCUUUCUUAAGUCGGUUCCUAUUGUCCUCCUCUUUCUCGCCCCAGAACUUUGAAAUUCUUAUUUAGCAAGGAACUGAUUUUUCCCAGUGGAAGUUUUGAAAUUAAGAUGUUUGGAAAAUCGAAUGAAAGAAGCCUCCUCUCUUUCAA